UUGGCAUUUCAUAACACAUCGGAAUUUUUAACUUGUGUUGGUCGGUCGAAAAGCAAGAAUUCAAUAGGGAAAAAGCAAAAAAUUGCCAAAAAACACUGUUUUGUACCUAUUCUGUGUUCCGUUUUUUUUUUUAAUUUUCUAAUUAUUAUUUACAACAAUUUAGUUUCUACUUAUUUACCUACAUAAAUUUAUAAAAAGUGGGUAAUUAUAACUACGGGCACAGAAUACACACACACAUACUGACUAAUUUUUAACUUGUUUUAUUUGGACGGGAAUAUAAAAAAACAAUUAGAACAUAUAAAAAUUCUAAAUUUAAAAAAAUUAAAAUAAUAGUGCAGCAAAAUGAUGCGAGAACUGCAAUAUUGGGCGGAUAAUAAUAACAAUGAUUCUGGGUCGGAUUCGUCCGAUGAGAGUGAGGGUGAAUCUAGUCAAGUACCAUCUCAAAAAAGGAAGAAUAAUACAACACUUGAGCAGAAGAAAAUAUCUGAUGAACUUUUAAUUGGUUUAACCAGACUACGAGAAGAACAGAUGUUUUUUGAUGUUACAAUAAUAGCUGGGACGAAAAAACUUCGCGCUCACAAAAUUAUUUUAUGUGCGGCCAGUCCUUAUUUUAAUGCUAUGUUCACAGGUUCUUUUGUCGAAAACAAUCAUAGUGAAGUAACAUUGCAGGAUGUAGAUGAAGAAAUGGUAGAAUUAUUAAUAAAUUAUAUGUAUUCUGGUCAAUUACCAUUCGAUUCAGACAAUGUUGACAGAGUUUUAUUGACAGCCCAAUUUCUACAAGUCGAUUCUGCUGUCCAUUUAUGUUUAACACAUAUAAAAGAAAAAACAUCUGUUAAAAAUUGCUUAAAUUUAAUCUGCUUCGCUGGAAAACACUCUUUAAAAAAUCUUUGUGAUGCUUUAAUAGAAUUUAUUGCAAAAAAUUUUGAUAAAUUAUUUAAUAGUGAAGAUUUUUGUAAAAUAAAUUUUUUAGAAUUUAAGAGACUUUUUUCUGAUAAACGAAUUACAUCAUAUCCACCAGAUGUAAUAUUAAGUACAAUAGCUAGAUGGGUGAGUCAUGAUUAUGAUGUAAGAAUAAAGCAUUUAGAUGAAUUAUUAGAAAAUUUGAAUCCCCAACACAUUACCAGGGAAAUUUUGGAAUCUUCCAGUUUAUUGAAAAAACUGAAAAAACUUGACCUAACAAAGUGGUGUAAUAAGAGACCUCCCGUAGAUGUUACAGUUUUAACAAACUGGGAUGUGGCCGUAUUUAAAUAUCCUGGAAAUUUCACACCAGACUUAUAUAAAUUAAAUUCUCAAGCUCAUGCUGACUUAGAAUCUUUGCCACGUGAAUUUUUUGAUGGAAGUUAUGCCAGUUAUGGGGGAGCAAUUUAUCAUACUGGGGGUUGUUUAUCUAAAAGACCAGUGUCAAAUGAAACACAAUGUCUGAGUAUAUAUAAAAAUGCUUGGAAAAACUUUGUCAAUUUAAAUACAAGUCGGGCAUACCAUAGAAAUUGUAUUGUUGAUGCGAAUUUAUAUUCGAUUGGUGGAACAGAUGGUGGAUAUUCGGCAUUUACGAGUUGCGAAUAUAUUGAUUUAGUAUUAGCGCAAUCUAUAACAAUAAAAGAUUUAAAUAAGCCAAGGGAAACUAUGGGUUUGACGGCACAUAAUAAUGUUAUUUAUGCAAUUGGUGGAAAAAAUCGCGGACGUUGUAAAUACAGAUGCGCUGAGAGAUACGAUCCAAGAAUAGGAAAUUGGGAAAUAUUAAAAUCUUAUUCAUAUGAAAGUGGUAUAUCAUCUUGUGCUACAAUAGGAGAAGAUAUUUAUUGCUUAACAUCAGGAAAAAGUUUAGAACGUUAUGAUGUUAGGGGUGAUUUUUGGACAAAAAUCAUUACUCAAUUCAACAGUUAUCCGAUUGAACUAUUUACGAUUAAUGGAGAACUUUAUGGUAUAUAUAAAAGCAACAUUUGCUUAUAUGAAACUCAAACAGGAAAAUGGAAACCACCAUCUAUUCGAUUUCGUUAUGACUGUAAUAAUCUUACGGCUCUUCCAGUAUUAAUUGCACCAAGCUUAAGACAAACUGUUCAGAAUAAUGAAAAUAAUGCCAAUGAUGUUAAUCGUGAAGACGUUGGUGGUAUUGACGAAAAUGAUGAAUACAGAUGUAAUUAUUUAUUAUCUGGCCUUAAUGAGCUACGUGAAAAUAAUCAAUUAUGUGAUAUAUCAUUGACGGUGCCUGGAGGAGAAUUAAUACCAGCUCAUAAAAAUGUAUUGUCAGCAUCUAGCCCAUAUUUUGCAAUUAUGUUUAAUGGUGCAUUUGAUGAUAGUGGUAAAAAAAUUAUAACAUUAAAGGAUAUUGAUUAUGAAUCAUUGAAACUAGUUGUUGAAUAUCUAUAUACGGGAAAUAUACGUAUAACAACUGAUAAUGUACAGCAUUUAUUAUUUACAUCAUCAUUUUUACAAAUUUCAUGGAUACAAGAUAAAUGUUGUGAAUUCCUUGAAAAAUCGUUAGAUAUAAGUAAUUGUUUAGGAAUAAAACAAUUUGCAGAUCAACAUGCAUGUUGUAAAUUAAGUGAUGAAUCUGUUAAAUUUAUAUCAAAACAUUUUCAAGAAGUAUCUGGAGGGGAAGAAUUCUUAUCUUUGAAUAUUGAAGAGUUAUGUGAUAUUUUAUUAAAUGAUGAAAUUUAUGAUAAUGCUGAAGAUGUAAUUUAUUGUGGGGUUUUACAAUGGGUACAAUGUGCACCAGAAAAUCGUUCAAUUCAUUUACCCGAUUUAUUAAAUUUUAUACAUCCAUCACUUGUUAGUAAUGAUUUGGUUAAAGCAACUGAUAUUGUUAUAUCAAGUACAGAAUGUUCUGAAUGGACAUCGAAAGCAUUAGGAAAUGUUAAUAAUCAAUAUAAUAUAUUUAUAUUAGAUAAAAUUGGUAAAACAUCAAAUUUAUCACGAUUUGAAAUGGAUACGAAAGAAAUGUGGCCAUUAAGUUCAUUACCAGAAAAAGGAUUUGCUGUUAGUUUUGUAGGCUAUAAAAAUUUUUUGUAUGUUCUUGGAGGACAAUCGCAUCCAAAAACAAGCCGAGAUACUUCUUUUUAUUAUAAUAUAUAUAGAAAUCGGUGGUUACCUUUAACUCCAUUAUUAAGAUCACGAUCGCAUCAUAGAUCAUGCAUUCUUGAUGGAUUUUUGUAUUCGAUUGGUGGAAAUGAUUAUCGUGGUCCUAUGUAUAGUGUUGAGUGCUUAGAUUUAAUAACAUCCCAACCAAUUGAAGUUCAAGGAAUGUUAGAUGCUAGAAGAUCAAUGGCAGCAGUUUCACACGAAAAAUGUCUUUAUGUAAUGGGUGGCGAAGGCAAUCACGAAUGCCUAUAUUCAAUGGAACGAUAUGAUCCGAGAAUUGGUUCUUGGCAAGAAUUAUCAAGCAUGAAUCAAGUAAAUAGUUAUUGUAGUGGUGCUGUUAUUGAUAAUCAUAUUUACUGUACGGAAGGAUUAGGAAAUGCACUCGAAAAGUAUGAUUUCCGAAUGAAUACUUGGGAAAUAAUCGAUCUCCAAGAGGAAAGGGAAUUUUACGAGCUCUUUACUAUCGAAAAUGAAUUAUAUAGCAUUUCUGGUGAUUUUAUAUCUAAGUAUUGUCCUUUAAGUAAUGACUUUGUAGAAGUUUUACAGUUUGAUGAAACACACGAAUGGGAUACAGCCGUUUCAUUAAAAAUGCAAAUAUUAUAGAUUAAAUAUUAAAAUAUGUAUGGAUGCAAAUAAUUAUAAUGCAUACCAUAUACAACUAAUUGAUCUAAAAUUAAUAAAACGAUAUUUUAAGAAUUCUGUAGUUAUAUCUAUAUUAUAAUAGUACCUACUUAAUAAAAUUGUUAAUUUU